GCCUACUUGCGCUGCAACUUCUUGCCGGCCUUCCUGCUGCACGGCGCGCGGGCUGAGGCACGGCUUGGCGGGAACGUGAAAAGAGCGUGCGGAACCUCCGGUGUUGGCGGCGGCAACCAGUGGGAGCCCGGGUCCGGCCGCAGCACGCGGAACUGAGCUGAAGGUGGCGGGGCCCGGCGAAGCCGCGAUGAAGCCGAGCAGCGAGGAGGAGGAGGAGGCGGUGCGGGGAGUGGGCCCCUGGGACGAGUGCUUCGAAGUGGCGGUGCAGUUGGCGUUGCGAGCGGGACAGAUCAUCAGGAAAGCCCUUGGUGAAGAAAAGCAUGUCUCGACCAAAACCUCCGCUGCAGAUCUGGUGACAGAGACAGAUCACCGUGUUGAAGACUUGAUAGUUUCUGAGUUGCGAAAGCGGUUUCCUUCCCACAGGUUCAUUGCAGAAGAGGCCACAGCCUCCGGGGCCAAGUGUGUGCUCACCCCCAGCCCAACCUGGAUCAUCGACCCCAUCGAUGGCACCUGCAACUUCGUGCACAGAUUCCCUACUGUGGCAGUCAGCAUCGGAUUUGCUGUUCACCAGGAGCUGGAAUUCGGAGUGAUUCACCACUGCACAGAGGAGCGGCUGUACACCGGCAGGAGGGGCCAGGGUGCCUUCUGCAACGGCCAGCGACUCCAGGUCUCCAGGGAAACAGAUCUCGCCAAGGCCUUGGUUCUGACAGAAAUUGGGCCCAAACGUGACCCCGAUACUCUGAAAGUAUUCCUGAGCAACAUGGAACGGCUGCUGCACGCCAAGGCUCAUGGGGUCAGAGUGAUUGGAAGCUCCACCUUGGCGCUCUGCUACCUGGCCUCAGGAGCCGCUGAUGCCUACUAUCAGUUUGGCCUUCACUGCUGGGACCUGGCAGCUGCCACAGUCAUAAUCCGAGAAGCGGGUGGCAUUGUGAUAGACACCUCAGGUGGACCCCUUGACCUCAUGUCCUGCCGAGUCGUUGCUGCUGGCACCAGAGAGAUGGCGGCGCUCAUAGCUCAGGCCUUACAGACUAUUAACUAUGGACGGGAUGAUGAGAAGUGAGGCUCGGAGGCUGGAACUCAGCAGCUCCCUGGGAAAGAGCUGUCCCCGUGGUGAGGGCUCCAGGACGACAAACGUCUGCUGUAGCUCUCGCCGGGACUCGGUGCUUAGCUGAUCUCUCUCUAAUCUCAUGUAGCUUUUCAGGUCGGUACAAGUUCUUUCAUCGGAGCCAAACCCAGAUCUCUUGUGAGGUGUGCGUGAGUCACGCAGUCUUGAUUGUUUUUCCAGAACGUAAAUCUCAGGUAGUAAAGCUUUAGAACUUGCUCUCAGGCCCUCCCCUGCCUGUGGUAAUACGGAAUGCAAUAAAUCAGGAUUACAGCGUCCUGCUCUUUGUUCCCC